AUGCAGCUCCGCGCUUUUCUGUUUCUUCUUUUCUGCCAUAUCAGAAUAGGACUUGCACUCCAUGAACAUGUCAAACGCGGCGCCGAGACCAAUGCAACACUCUAUGCAUACGGUACCAACUCAUCCGCUUGGCCAAUCGCAUAUGGCCUUAACGAUGGCCUCCUAUAUGUCGCCGAGAACCCCGAGAACAGCGAUGCCAACCUGACGCCAUUAACCUGGGAUCUCGCUUCGAUCACCGGCGAGUGCUGGAUUGCCAACGCUACAUUUGUCAACGGCACCCGUGCCGGUUGCAUGUACAUCAUGCCGGAGGAUGAAUAUGCGGUUGGUGUUUUGCCUAUGACCCGAGUUGCGUAUCUCAAUGGCACUGUGUCGGGCUUUGCUUUGUUCGCUUCACAGCUUGUGUACAACAACAACACUCUCCUUGAAGCUCAAUUCUGGGCCAAGUCUACGGAGUAUAGUGGUGUCUACGGUCUGACAUGGACGAUUGAUGAUAGUGCACCAAGCGGCGAUUUUCCCGUUGUCGUGAAAGCUUCUGAGGACUCGUGA